AUGCAUCAACUGCUUGUGGAGUGUCCAUCAAUUUAUGAGAUGCUGCCAAACAUUGAUUUCGAUUGGAAAAAGAAACCCGAGAUUCAGGUAUGGCGAAAGCAAUCCAAGGAUGGAGAAACAUCAGUUGAACUGGAAUCCUACGACCCUGGUGCGAGUGUGAAUCUUUUUGAAGAAGCAUUAAAAAGCAAUGAGCUAAGUUACAAUGGGAAAACAGUCCCUCUACCUUUUAACUCAGCAAUUCUUAAAUGGGCUGCUGGUACUCGGGAAAUUAUCAAUAAAACUCAAGUUCCGAAUGGAAUAUCUUUUUACAACAUCUAUGGGACAUCUUUUGACACACCUUUUGAUGUUUGCUAUGGUUCAGAAUCUUCUCCCAUCAACGAGCUAUCUGAGAUAUGCCAUUCAAAUCCUGAAUACUCUUUUGUGGAUGGUGAUGGAACUGUCCCGACUGAAUCAUCAAAGGCGGAUAAUCUUGAUCCAGUUGAAAGAAUAGGGGUUCGUGGCAGUCAUCGGGGACUAUUGAACAACGACGAAGUAUUUGAGCAUAUCCAGAACUGGUUAGGAGUUUCUCCGAAGAACAAGAAGCAUUCGAAGACCUCUAAGGUGAUGGACGUUCAUUUUAGUCGUCCUGUCGAAGAAAAAAACUGUUCCCAGUAUUGA